AUGGAGUAUCUGUGUAAAAUAUGCGCGGCUGUUGCUAGGCGUCGCCCCGAUGGCAGCCGACAGAGCCGUAACGAUACGUCACCACUAUCACCACCGCAGCUGGAGCUCAAUACGAAUGACGCAUCAGCAGCGGAGCCCGAACAGCCGCAGGACGAACUUCAACAACUCCCUCGCCAGCCCGAGACGCUUCAUGCCACGCAGAACAGCGCAAGAAAUGCCGAAGGCGAGGACACAACUGCGAAGCCGCGCAAGCUCAGCAAGCUCGCCGCGCUCGCCUCGCUCACCAACCUCGUCAGCGAUCAUCCUCGCAACCCAACGGCCGCGUCCACCGCCAACACUGCCUCGCUACAGCAUAGCCAGAGAAGCAAACUUUUCGAUCGCUUGCUUGCCCUCCCCCCCGAACUGCAGCUUAAAGUUCUCUCAUACCUCGACUUCGGCGACCUUGAACGCCUGCGCCGGACCUGCCGCUCCGUCCGCAACGGCAUAACCCCCCAGAUGGUUCGUUCGCUUCUCAGUCCAAAUUUCGACCACCACAUCCGUAAUACCUGCUACAUCUGUCUUGAAGAAAGCCAGGGCGGCCAGAAACGCCUCAUCAGCACUGACAAGUUCCACCUGCGGUUCCCUUUCUCCAGCCGCUGUGAAGACUGCGUUCGUGACGCAGAGGGCUUCGAUGUCGGGAGAAAGUAUCUCAUGGCUGACAACACCACCAGCUUUGUCUGCCGCUGGUGCGGAAGUCCCGCCACGGAGCCGCAGUCCACCCAGCCGGAAUUCGACAAAAGGUGCUUUAAGCGCUUCUUUAAGGUAGUGGUUCUAUAUAAUACAUGUGGUCUGGCGCAGUGGGUGGUUACGAUUAUUGCUUGCGGCCUGAGCUGGCACUAUUUCAGAACGCGGGCUAUGUGGGUGGUUGGUGUGGUCGUGGCUGGUUUCGUCAUAACUUUGUGGAACUUUUGCCUCGGCGCCGUGCGCGGCAGCUUUAUGCGAACAUACCAUUUUACGCUGAUCCUGGAGGCAUGCAUCUUCGCCUCGUGGUUCGCACCCCUCCUGCAACUCUUUCGUAUGAAUAGCGAGAGAAUGCCGUACCGCGCGAUGAACUCGUACGAACUGGCGACGGUCGUCUUCAUCAUCUUCAACCUCAUAUCGCGCGGCGUCAACGUCAUUGGCAACUUCAUCCUCAUGUGCGAGUAUAAGCUGUGGCGCCACAAGAAGCGGGACAUGUCGCUUCGACGCAGCGUCUGGAUUCAUAUACUGGAAGUUUUCAUGUUUUAUGUGGAACCGCAGUGCAUAGAGCAGAAGUAUCCGCCAAGAUGGUGGCUUUUAUCUAGGCAGCAGCGCAUGUUGGCGAUCUAUACUGACGCUACCAUGCCAGUCGUAGAUGUCACAGAGGCCGGCCAGGAAGAAUUAGACCAGCAGCGCGCUGUGGUGGAAGGUCUACCAGGGCUGGAAUGGCACGCCAACGCUUGA